AUGUACCGCCUCUUCUACGUGUUGUUCAAUUCUUUUUCAAAUAUUUCUUCUUUUCCCACGGACAGACGUAUAUGGCGUUAUAGUGAUGUUUGUCUCCUUAUGUAUCCGAAACUUUCUUCUUUCUCGUUGUUUCAUCUGUGUCUUUCUGGAUCAUAUUCCAUUUAUCUUUCCCAGUCUUUCUCCUCCCUCUUUCUCACUGUUCUUCUCCGUCUAUGUCUAGAUAUGUCUCUCCAUAUUUUACCCUCUUUUUCUUAUUGUUCCUCUCUUUCUUCGCUCUCUUUCUCGGUGUUUCUCAAACAUGCUUUUACAAUCUCUCUGUCUUUAUAUGCUGUAAUAUUUCUCCAUUUUUUCUCUCCUUAUCUUUCCCAAUCGUUCUUUUCUCUCUUUCUCGUUGUUUCUCUCCCUGCCUUUCUAGCUUGCUUUCUCCUUAUCUUUCAUAAUCGUUCUCAUCUCUUUCGCAUUGUUUCUCUCUGUCUCUUUGUAGAUAUUUAUAUCCUUAUCUUUUCCAAUCCUUCUCGUCUCUCCCUUUCAUUGUUACUUUCCGUCUCUUUCUUGAUAUUUAUAUCAUUAUCUUUCCCCAAUCCUUCUCGUCUCUCCUUUUUAAUUGUUACUUUCCAUAUUUAUAUCAUUAUCUUUCCCAAUCCUUCUCGUCUCUCCCUUUCAUUGUUACUUUCCGUCUCUUUCUUGAUAUUUAUAUCAUUAUCUUUCCCAAUCCUGCUCGUCUCUCCCUUUCAUUGUUACUUUCCGUCUCUUUCUAGAUAUUUAUAUCCUUAUCUUUCCCAAUUCUUCCCGUCUCUCCCGUUCAUUGUUACUUUCCGUCUCUUUCUAGAUAUUUAUAUCAUUAUCUUUCCCAAUCCUUCUCGUCUCUCCCUUUCAUUGUUACUUUCUAUAUUUAUAUCCUUAUCUUUUCCAAUCCUUCUCGUCUCUCCCUUUCAUUGUUACUUUCCGUCUCUUUCUAGAUAUUUAUAUCAUUAUCUUUUCCAAUCCUUCUCGUCUCUCCCUUUCAUUGUUACUUUCCGUCUCUUUCUAGAUAUUUAUAUCAUUAUCUUUCCCAAUCCUUCCCGUCUCUUUCUAGAUAUUUAUAUCAUUAUCUUUCCCAAUCCUUCCCGUCUCUUUCUAGAUAUUUAUAUCAUUAUCUUUCCCAAUCCUUCCCGUCUCUUUUCUAGAUAUUUAUAUCAUUAUCUUUUCCAAUCCUUCCCAUAUUUAUCUCUCCCUUUCAUUGUUAAUCCUUUCCGUCUCUUUCUAGAUAUUUAUAUCAUUAUCUUUCCCAAUCCUUCCCCUCUCUUUCUAGAUAUUUAUAUCAUUAUCUUUCCCAAUCCUUCCCGUCUCUUUCUAGAUAUUUAUAUCAUUAUCUUUCCCAAUCCUUCCCGUCUCUUUCUAGAUAUUUAUAUCAUUAUCUUUCCCAAUCCUUCCCGUCUCUUUCUAGAUAUUUAUAUCAUUAUCUUUCCCAAUCCUUCCCGUCUCUUUCUAGAUAUUUAUAUCAUUAUCUUUCCCAAUCCUUCCCGUCUCUCCCUUUCAUUGUUACUUUCCAGUUUUUUUCUCCUUAACUUUCCCAAUCCUUUUUCUCUGUCUUUCUCGUUGUUUCUCUCCCUUUGUUUCUAUAUUUUACGCCUAUCUCUUUCUCAUUAUUUCCUCCUGUCUCCUUCUAGCUCUUUUUCUAUAGUUCUUCUCUCUCUUUCACAUUGUUUUUCUCUGUCGCUUUCCAGGUCUUUCUCUCAUAUUUUCCAGUCGUUCUUUUCUCUCUUCACUUUGUUUCUCGCCGUCUCUUUCAAGAUCUUUCUCUUAAUAUUUUGGCUUUCAUUUCUGUGCAGAUAUAUUCUUAACUUCAUACAUAUGAACUAA